AAUGUAGGUUGCCUUUGUCUAUCUCGUGCGGCGAAAUUGCGACCAUAGAUUGAGCGAGCGAAAGAAAAUGGUUCGCUAAUAAGCUAUAAAAUUAAGGGAUAUCGGAAAAGAAAAACAGUUAAGGAUAAAAAUCUUAUUUAUAGCGUAGUAAACGAUAUUUUGUAUUACCAGCAGUUCGAGUGUUUCGUUGGAUAGUAAACAUUCUGGUUACGGCGCUAAUUUCCGGCUUCUUUUACCUUCUCUUUCGACGGCUAAAGAGGAUAUUUAUUAAUUGAUAUAUAUUGUCACACAAAAUUAUUAGAAUAGAGGGAGCAUCACGUUAAAGACUCGCCACUAUGGACAGAACUGUUGUUAUUCUCAUAAUUACAUUAACGUGGCUUCAUUCGUUAAAUGCAGCCUUUACUAAUUUGGCAUUGAAUAAGGCGACAACCCAAACCGAUACGCAUAUCGGAGGAGAUGCAUCAUUGGCUGUGGACGGGUCUAGUUUCCAGGCAUCUUCUUAUGCGGACUCUGGUUGUACAAGGACCGUGUCUGAGGACGCGUCUUGGGAGGUCGAUUUGGGAGACCUCUAUGUGAUAAAUCAAGUGAAAAUAAUAAAUAGACUUGAUUACGUCGUAGCACCUGAUAUUGAUCAGUGGGUUUCUUCGAUUGCAAGUUUUUCCACUGAAUAUACGCAAGAACUAGGAUGGACCGCCCGUGAGAUGAUUGGAGCAGCUAAUGUAUACCCGAACUAUGGCGAUAUAGAAGGGACAUGGUCUCCAAAGGAUGAGGGGAUCGGAAAUGAGUACAUUGAGGUAAUGUUUACGACGAAAGUUUACGUUUCUAAAGUUGACAUCUACGAGACGUGGAAUUCUGGGGGCGUGACGUCAAUCAAGGGGCUUCAAUCAGGGCAGUGGAUCGUUCUGUGGUCAGGGGCCGCAAGUCAUAUACAGAACGCCCGCAUUUUCAGUCCGCCCCUAUUGACGACCGAAUGUUUCACGAAUCAUAUCCGCAUCGAGGUGGACACUUCAAUAUCAAACUCGUGGGUCGAAAUAGAUGCAGUGAAGCUGCACGGGAAAGAAAACAUACAAGUUGGACGUUUGCAAGACGUCGAGGUAUAUUUCGCUAGAGAGAGAAACGCAUACACGUUAGUCAAUUAUCAAUCUGGUGUUGCCGGUGACAGUGUAACUUUCACCGAGGACAUGUUUGCACGCUGGAUCAAAGUCACACGACGAACGCCUUUUAAAGCACUCAGCUUAUGCGAGGUGUUGGUUAUCGGUUUUCUGCCGGAUGACACAGAGACCUUCCGGCGUCUGUCAUCUCACAAACCCAUUGGCACUUCACUGAAGGUCAUCAACAGUUUGACGUCAGUGAUGAAAUGCGCCGCGCACUGUGACCGCCAGAUGGCGCCAAGAUGUAGGUCAGCACAGUACAACCCGUCAACGAAAACAUGCUCUCUGUACCAGUGGUUUGACAACGCCUUGAACACAAACGCUAACUCCGUCAUGCUCGUACGUGAAUAUGGAGUGCGGUUUCUUACAUAACCAAGAAUCCGUCUAAUUGAAGGGACAAAUCGACGGCUGAUUAACAAUACAAUUAUCAUCAAUACGUUAAAACUAAAUGGUUGCAAAGCAUAUAGAUCUGUGUUUUAAAAGUACGUUUUAUGGGAUGUGUUAUUCCAUUUGUGUAUCAACACAAUUGUUAAAAAAUGUCUCAUAAUCGCAUCGUAUAAUGAAUUAUUUAAAUUCGUCUAUGUACUUUGUUUGUCUGUAAAUAGUUCAAUGUCGUGUUUGUUUGGUCAAAUUUUAUGUAAAAUGUAAUGGGAAUAUCUUGAUUUUUUUGUCGAGUGAAAUUAGGCGACGAUGGUUUAUUGCUUUAACGGCACUGAGUCUACGUUGU